GCCGAUGUAUGGAGGAACCGCCACCUUCAGACAAGAACGCGAACGCAGUCCGACAACACUGUAUCGAAUUACCACGGCGAUAAGGGAAAAGUUCGUAAUCGUGAAAAAAAACACUCUACCAGUCACGGAAAUGUUGCAUUCCUCGUGAUUUUACAGCAAACGCAUUCGUUGCAUCAGGUCAUCCGUUGAAGUUACGUGAACCACCCCCCUCAGUCAGACCUUUGAGCGCCGAGACAUCGCAGAAUGGGCGACGAGAACACAGAAGGACCUUCGACCACCGCACCCCGAGGUUUUAGCGAGGUUAUCAAUCACUUAUCCAUUCACAAGAUUGAAAGCCUGCUAUGGUUCACACGGAUGUGCACCGUCGUUUUCACACUACUCUACAUCAUUCCGAUACUUGGGGCCAACCCUUACACUUGUUACCAACGAGCACUGAUCAGCAAUGCUGCGACGAGCGCCUUGCGGUUACACCAGCGCAUGCCGACGAUUCAGCUGAGUCGGAUGUUCCUCAGCCAGCUGCUGAUUGAAGACAGCUGCCAUUAUCUCUUCUUCUCCCUCAUCUUUCUCUUUGCUCAGCCCAUGACAUUGGUGCUCCUGCCUGUAUUUCUCUUUGCCCUCCUCCACUCUGCUAGCUUCACGCUGACUUUGCUGGACAAGUUUGGAGGCCGCUCCGGCCUCCUGGGCACCUGGCUGGUCCUGUUGCUGGAGCACCAGAGCAACAACAUCCUGCGGCUGGUUGCCUUCACCGAGAUCUUUCUCAUGCCGCUCACCAUCUUCAGCUUGCUCUCUGGUCGCAGCAGCCUGGUGACGCCGUUUGUGUACUACCGUUUCCUGAGUCUGCGCUACGCCUCGCGUCGCAGCCCGUACUCCAGGACCGUGUUUCACGAGCUGCGACUGGUGACGGAACACUAUGCCUCGCGACCGGGCUGCCCCGCAUUCCUGAGCCGACUUCUCUACAAGACCAUUGGCUUGAUCUGCCAGCUUUCUCCACCCGUGCCCCAGUGAAGCCAUGAUACGAAAUAUGUUGGACAGUCCCGGGCCCGACGUUUUUAACUCUUACCAGUUGACAAGCUCCGCAAGAGUGUCGUUCGAAAACGGUCCUUCCCCUUUACUGGUUUCGUCGCUUCUUUUCAUAUGGGCGGGGCCGAUAGCGCAGCGAGUGCCACCGAGCGGAUGUGCCGGGAAAAAGCACCGGGCACUCUGGAGAGCUUGUCAACUGACUUCGACCUAGUAACGUUGCCCGGGCCAGCGUUGUUACGACGCGUAGCCGGUGCCCAGCCGGCCGUCGUCUGCAGCGCAGUCUAUUUUGGUUGUUGUGCACGUCUGUUUGGCAAACGAUGAAACUGUGUGAUGUCCGUCUCAACUUUCAGAUCUUUUUAUUUGCUCUCGGACGAGGCGAUGGAUGUGUCAGCACAGCUGCAAAGGAACAAUAAAGGUGGCGUUGUGUUUUUGGACGA